UCCGUACGGUACUUCGCCUCUCUUACUCUUUCCCCUUUCUAAUAUUAUACGAUAGGACAAUUAUACGACAUUAUUAUAUCGCUUAUUCCCUACCUUAGUAGCGCUCCCGCUACUACUAGCCCUCUCUCUAUCGUUACUCGCUUUCCUAGACCUAAGAUCCCUUAUAGCGGUAAGUCGUACAGUUAGUUUAUCCUAACUACCGUUAGCGACACCUCUCUUAGCACUAUCUGCUAUACUAAUGCCUAGCGCGCUAUCUAGUAGCUACCUCCUUACCCUUUCUUACUAUCCCUCUACGCUAAUAGCACCCCUACUAUUACUAUCGCCUAGAUCCGUAGCGCUCGUUAGUUGUACGUUAACGCUCUACUUAUCGCUUCCUAUAGUACUCGCUACCCUACCGCUUACGCUUACUCUACUAUCGGUACCUUCGGUAGCCUUAUCGUACGUGUCGCUAGUUUCUGCGCUAGCGCCUAUACUUCGUAUAAGUAGAAGUCGCACCGUUAGUAGUGCCCUUACGUUAAUAAUAACGAGGCCUUCGUUCCUACCGCUACCCCUUGCUAGGUUCCUCCCGGUAUAUACCUUCUUACCCUUUAAGUUCGUCGUACGAUCGUCUUCUCUUAGUUUAGCCCUAAGCGCUAUUCUUCUUCUACGCUAGAGCGUAGCUCGCGCCUAUUUAUCUAGUUAGUCGUAUAAAGACCUAGGCGGGCCUUCUUAG